AUGGCUCAAGAACAAUUUCAAAACGAGUUGAAUCAAUUGAUAGCUGGAUUUGAGCGUAAUUUGAUGGAUGAGAAAGCAAAGAAUGGAAGGCUCGAAAGAGAGAUUAGACGAGUGAAUGAUGAAAAUGCAACGAUGAGACAGCAAUUGCAAGUGUUAACGGCGGAGAACAAAGAAAAGGAAUUGGUACAGGUUCUCGAGGAAAUGCAAAAAGAUUGCAUUAAAAGGAAUGAGAAUGCUACAAAAAAACUGAAGGAAAUGGAAGAAAAAGUCGACAAAAAAGGAGAAGAGUUAAAAGAGCAAAUGGAAAAAAUGGCGUUGAUGGAGAAAGAAAUGAAAUUCAUGACGAUGGCUGUAGAAGAGAAAGACCGGGAGAUCUUUCGGCUCAAUGAAGAGUUGAAGAAACACCAAAAGCCGGCCGGGAAAAUGGACAAGAAGGCGUUUAAGGGAUUGGUGGAGCUGUUGGAGCAAAAACUCUCCGGUCAACGCAAGGAGUGCCCAUCGUGUGAGCCCGACGGUCCGCCGCCACUUUUAAGUAAACUAUGGAUCUGCACAGAACAUUUUGAGGCAAAACACAAAAAAUCGAUUACCGAGGUGCCGUUAGAUGAGAUCCAGGAAAUUGUGAAUCAGGAAGUGAUUUGCGCUGAUUGCAUCCAACACUCGCACAGGAGAUGUCAAAAGGAUAUGACGAAUCUGCUGGAGUUGAAGAAACUCUGCAUAUGUGAAAAGAUGCGUCAAUUCUUGGAAAUGAUCAAAUGGAAAGAGAGAAUCGGAGAAAGAGUGCCGAAAACGAGUGCAGAAUCGGCUGAAGCGAGAAUCCGGAAGAAAAUUGAUGAUUUGAUGCAAGGAACACUGAAAGCUACGGAUGUUGAUGUAAAAGUGGAACAUUUGGUGGAAUCGUUGAAGAGAUUCGCGCAAGCAACAGCUGAUAUGGAGACACAAAUGGAGGAAACGAUGAGAAAUAUGAUCAUGAUCGAGAAUGACGCUCAAACGGUU